UUACUACUAGAAUUUUCCCAGCAAAAAAACAUACGCGCAAUUACUUCUUCUUCCUCUUCAAAGCUACCUUACUUUCAAACACUCUCAACUCCAAACAAUCCCAAUCUCCGAUCACCAAUCCAAAACAAUGGUUCUGCCGCCGCCGUCAACACCCCAAUCCCCCAAUCAACAAGCCACCCAACAAUUCCUCUCUUCAAUCCUCUCCCAACGCGGCCCAUCCUCUCUCCCCUACACCGAAGACACCAAAUGGCUAAUCCGCCAGCACUUACUUGCCCUAAUCACAACCUACCCCUCUCUCGAACCCAAAACCGCCACCUUCACCCACAACGACGGCCGCUCCGUCAAUCUAUUGCAAGCCGACGGCACUAUUCCGAUGGCCUUCCAAGGCUAUACUUAUAAUAUACCCAUAAUUGCCUGGCUCAUGGAGUCUUACCCUCGUCACCCGCCUGUUGUUUACGUGAAUCCCACACGCGAUAUGAUUAUUAAACGGCCACAUCCUCAUGUUAAUCCGUCCGGGUUAGUUUCUGCUCCUUAUUUGCAAAAUUGGAUUUACCCUAGUUCUAAUUUAGUUGAUUUAGUUCGUGAAUUGGGUUCACUUUUUGGUCGGGAUCCCCCGUUAUACUCUCAACGCCGUCCACAGUCUAACCCUAACCCUAGUAAUAAUAAUCCCAAUUCGAAUUAUGCUGUUAAUCCUAAUCCGUCGAAUUUUUCAAACUUUUCGAAUUCGUCGAGUUUCGGAUCGGUGGGUUCGGCUGGAUAUUCGCGGCCGGUUACUCGCCCGCCGUAUCCGCCUUCCCCGUAUGGUGGUAGUGGGAGUAGUAGUGGUGGUGGGACGGAGGAUGCUUCGGAGGUUUAUAAGAGGAAUGCUAUUAGUAAAAUUGUUGAAAGUGUUCAUUCUGAUGUGGGGCAGUUGAGGAAGGCGCGAGAAGCCGAGAUGGAGGGGCUGUUUAGCGCACAGGCGGUAUUGAGGAGAAGGGAGGAGGAGAUUAAUAAAGGGGUUAAAGAAAUGCAAGAUGAGAAGGAAUCGUUAGAGGCGCAGUUGCAAGUUGUUUUGAUGAAUACGGAUAUUUUAGAGGCUUGGGUGAGAGAAAAUGAGGGGAAAUCAAAAGCUAAAGGAAAUGUGGAUAUUGAUAAUGUUUUUGAGUGCACUGAUGUUCUCUCGAAGCAGAUGUUGGAGUGUACUUCUGCAGAUUUAGCAAUUGAGGAUGUCGUCUACUCUUUGGAUAAGGCGGUGCAGGAAGGGGCAGUGCCGUUUGAUCAGUAUCUGCGGAACAUUAGGUUGCUGUCCCGAGAGCAGUUUUUCCAGCGGGCUACAGCUGCAAAAGUUAGAGCUACUCAGAUGCAGGCUCAUGUUGCAAGUAUGGCUGCUAGGGCGCCGCAUUAUGCUGCAUGAAUGAUUGGUGGAUGAAAGUUUCUUCACUACAUGCUGUAGUUUUUGGAGAGAGAUUGUGAGAUUUAUUGUAAGUAUUGAUGAGCCGUUAAGGCCAUGGAAUAUGAGCAUCUGAUGUAAGAAGGCCUUGCCCUUUGUGAAACAUUCAGUGUGUACAUUUGUCUGUGAUCAAUGUAUCUGGUAUUCUGUUUUAUUUUAUUCAUUUCUCCAUCUAUUUCUUCUA